GUGAAAGUGCACAAAUGUGGAAAAAUAAAAUAAAACCGCUUGACGUUACUUCUCGGGAUCCUCUAAAAAGUCCACUGAAAAAAUCGCAGUAAAUAACCACCAUUUUACUGAGAUUAUAUUCAUUUGAGAUUAUAUCUCAUCUCAUUUCAUUUAAUUUCAUCCCAGUUGAUUAAUAUCUCAAAUUAAUCAUCUUCACUUCAUUUCAUUUCACUUCAAAUUAUAAUUUUUUAUAAAAAUAAGAAUAUAAAUUAAAACAAGAGGUGACUUAAGGGUGUUAGUUACCAGGUCAUAAAAUCCCAAAAAAAACUUAUUCUCUGCUGUUACAGCUUGCGGUUUUUUGACAUUUCGCAAAGAAAUUGGGUGUCCGAAAAUUAUUACGACGAUUGUAUCAAUAUAUUAUACACUUAUUAUAUUCGAGAAAUUGUAUGCUUUUCUCCGCUAAAAUACUAGUUUGUUGUUCAAUUGCUUAAGUGUAAAUUUUUGUUCAGGAUGAAGAUCACACUUUUAUCAGUUGUAAUAUUUUGUGCAGUUGUCGCUUUAUCUUCGGAAUAUGAAUUAUCGGACAUUGUAUCCGCCCGAAUUGAGAGUUGUCGAGGGUGCUCAUUGAAUCGUCUUCCAGAAGUAAAACGAUUUGUGAUGGAUGAUGCUCCUAACUACGAUCGUGUCGAAGUGAAAUUCAUUUCUGGCGCACCACCAGAGCUAGUCCUCCUCGGAGAGGGAGACCAUGAGCUCGAGAGACUACCUUUAUCUCAUCUCAAUCAGGAACAGUGCAAUGAACUUAUACAGAGCAAAGGAUUCUCGAAUAAUAAAAAAUCUGACUUAUAAACUACUUAGUGUAUACGGUACUGUACAUUCCACUCAUAGAAAUAGGUACUUAUGUUUUAUACAAAUGUCACAAAUAUUAAACAACAAUUGUACUUCGGUGGUGACUUGAAUAAAAUUAUAAAUAUUA